GGCGCAGCGCCUCCAUCUUAUAUAUAGAGCUGGCGCACGCUGCGAACUCACAAACAUAGAGAGAGAGGUGAGAGCAGCAGCGUGUGCCAGCGUGCAUCCUCCAGUCCACGGUUGUGUUCACCACUGGCCUUCUUCACCAAUGAGUGCUGCAGACUUUGCUGUCGCCAUGGAUUAUUACAUGGACAGCUUGAACUCAAGUGAUCUUAACAUCAGCUGCUCUUCUGGAGACUGCAUCACCCUGGAGUCUGUGUCCUGCCCUAACACACUGAACAGGACUGCUCUGCUAUACACCCUAUCCAUUGUCCACAUCUUCAUCUUCGUUAUAGGACUUUUGGCCAAUUCUGUAGUCAUUUGGCUCAAUCUCCAGUCUAAGACUACCGGCUAUGAAACUCACCUGUACAUCUUCAAUUUGGCUGUGGCUGACCUCUGUGUACUUUUGACCCUGCCCAUAUGGAUUGUUUCAUUAGUCCAACAUAACCAAUGGCCAAUGGGUGAGAUGACCUGCAAGGUGACCCAUCUGAUCUUCUCCAUCAAUCUCUACAGCAGCAUUUUCUUUCUCGCUUGCAUGAGCAUCGAUCGCUAUUUGUCUGUGUCUCUGCGUGGAACCAUUAGUAAACACAGGAGACAGAUUAUACGCCGGCUGGUUUGUGUACUUGUCUGGCUGGUUGCCUUUGCUGUCUCACUCCCAGACACUUACUAUCUAAAAAUCGUGUCUUAUCCAGGUUCUAAUGAGACAUACUGCCGCUCCGUGUACCCAGAAGAUACAUUCAAAGAGUGGCUACUGGGAAUGGAAAUCCUAAACAUAUUACUGGGUUUCAUCAUCCCAUUUGCAAUCAUUGCAGUCUUUUAUUGCCUCCUGGCAUGGACUUUGUCAUCCUCCUCACCCUCUUCAUUAUCAACAUCAUCAUCAUCAUCUGUGGACCAAGAGAGAAGAAUCAGUGGAAGGCUCAUCGUCUCUUAUGUAAUAGUAUUUAUGGUGUGUUGGUUGCCUUACCAUAUUUUGGUAUUAUUGGAUGUAUUUUAUUUCCUACACUUGUUGCCUUUUAGCUGCUUCCUAGACAACUUCUUAUAUGCUGGUCUUAAUAUAACCCAGUGCUACUCCCUCCUUCAUUGCUGCGUCAACCCAGUCUUGUACAGCCUUAUUCACCGAAACUACCGCUAUGAGAUCAUGAAAGCCUUCAUAUUCCGCUACUCAUCAAAGACUGGUCUUACCAAGCUCAUUGACUCCUCUAAGGUUUCAGAAGCAGAAUACUCAGCUGUAGAGCAAACUCCCAAGUGAGGCCUACAAGACACUGAGCUGGCUGCCUCAAUUCCUCGCAGGUAUAGACUGAGGUAUCUGGGACCAAACUCAUUCACAUUCCUGCCGGUGCUGGCAGAUGAGAGAAGAGUCUUCGGGCCGCAAGUACAGCUUAAUUAAUAAAGCUGGCAGUUCACCAAGCUUCGCGUCCAUCAUCAAGAGAGCACAAGCAAACUAAGACUGUGCAGCAAUAAUAGCUGUGACCAGGGAUUUCCCCGCUUGUCUCCAAACAUCUGCCGCUGAACUAUACUCUGAAUAGAGUUAUAAAUGGCACUAAAGAGCACAGACAUGCGGUCCUAUCUCAUCUAAUUAUCUAUUAGAAAGGGCAUUGCAUGUUCAUCACUUAAUGACCAUCAAAUGGUAUAACCUACAACCCCCUCCCUUCCUGUGUCUACAAGGCACGGCACUUCUGUAGAAAUAAGGCUUUCAGCCAAAUACUUCCUUACUGGCAAGUCUCCAGCAAAUGACAUAAUGAAUACCCACAGGGUAAACCCAGUCUAUUAAUAUCAUGUCAGCCACUGCCUUUGUAUAUAUGUAAUAUAAAACGCCUUUUGUAAAGCACACACAUAUAUAUAUUUUUCUAUAGCUUAUUGUAUUUAAAAGCCAUUUUACUGGCAGUCCUUUGUAUUUGAAAUUCAAAUAGACUUUUAUAUAUAAAUAUAUAUCCGUAUAUGUAUUAUCUAUAUUUUUGAAGUGUUAUGAUCAUUGACGAUUGCAAGCGUUACUGUUUUCUUUAUCUUACUUUGGUGGUUUUGUUAAUACACAAAGGCUCUUUUUAACCAUUAAAGCUUUGUACAAACAGUC